CUAUCGCCACAGGUAAGUAUCAUUUUUACUGUCAUUAGAAUUUUAUUAGUUUAUUUUCUGCUACGAUCCAUUAAAACUACAGUACAAACGAUAAAGUAUGCAUCACGGAAGCUAAGCUUCUUAUGGGAACCAAUGCCUCUUGUACCCAUUACUUGCAACACAGUUUCCCUUUAUCAACUUCUUUUCUCGAGGAUUUAUAACAACGACGUAAAUCUCCUUCAUCCUUAUGGAUGCCUUUACGAAACGCAUUCCCUUCUCUACGAGAAUCUACGCUCGCGUAUAUUUAUUCUAUACACUGGAAAUAAACGGAUAUUUAUUUUUUCCCAGCCAAUCCACUGACAAGACCGAUGCCCCUGAACCCGUUUUCACCCACCGGGCAGAUAGUGGGCGGAACCGACGUAAAGAUCGAGGAAGUGCCACACCAAGUAGCUCUCAAGGCCUACGGUUUCCAGUUCUGCGGUGGUAGCAUCAUUUCGGAGGAAUGGGUCAUCACGGCUGCCCAUUGCAUGUCGUACCCGGCUUCGAGCAUCACGGUGGUCGCCGGAACUGCGACCAAAUCCUCGGGUGGUAGCAAUCACCAGGUUGCCGAGGUACUCGUUCACGAGAAAUACGUGACGAACUGGCACGGUGUCCCGGAGAACGACGUCGCCGUGAUGAGAGUGAAGAACCCGUUCAAGCUUGACGCAACCCGUAAGCCCAUCAAGUUGUUCAAGCAGAACGAGGAAUCCGUGCCUGGAAUCAGCGCUAUUAUCACGGGAUGGGGCGCGACCAGGGAAGGAUCCAGUACCACCGAGGUUUUGCAGACGGUCACGGUUCCCAUCGUGUCAAAGGUCUCAUGUGACGAGGCGUACAAGUCUUACGGUGGAUUGCCGGCGGGACAGAUUUGCGCGGCGGUGCCCGAGGGAGGAAAGGACGCCUGCCAGGGAGACUCCGGCGGCCCAAUGACCAUCGGCGGCCGUCUCGCCGGACUCGUGUCCUGGGGUUACGGCUGCGCCCGCAAGGGAUACCCGGGCGUGCAUACCGAGGUUGCUGCCUUCAGCGACUGGAUCACGUCCAAGACCGGAAUCAAGGCAUUCCGUAUUUGUUUCGCGCGUUUACUGACGUCGUCGUGCUGUAAUCUAACGAUAACGAUACGACUCGCAAACUAUAACUUUUCGUCGACAUGUCCUGGUACAAUUAUUUCCAAACUGUUCCGGCUUCUCGAUAAGGUACAAGGAUAUAUUGCGCAAUUCUCACUUAAAAUUCACUCGAUUAUUAGAGUCGCGAAAGAACGCGGUCGUGCAUUAGCGCCCGGUAUGAACCGACUCCUCUUCAAAGUUUCCUUCUUUCUUCUCGGGUCGAUUUGGGACCAUUUCGCGAGUGCAAUGACACUGUCUUCGGAAGACCGGAUCGUCGGCGGAGCACCUAUCGAUAUCACGGAAGUCCCGUACAUGCUAUCGUACAUGGUAAACGGCCAUCACGCGUGCGGUGCGACUAUCAUCAAUAGAGAAUGGGGAUUAACGGCCGCUCAUUGUGUCACUCCAUUCGUCCAUAAUCCUACUGUCUCAAUAAGCGUUCGCAGCGGAUCUAACAGACACGAUUACGGCGGAGUACUUCACGACGUGACAAAACUCAUUUACCACGAAAAGUACAACGAGAACAAUAACGAUUACGAUAUCGCGGUUUUCAAGGUGGAUCCACCGUUCGUGUUUAACGACGCAACGCGACCUAUCAAGUUACCCGAACGUUCUCAUUCCUACGAUACAAGUUGGGGUUUGAUCGCCGGAUGGGGAUACUUCGUCAAUUCGUUUCCGAGAUUAUCCACGAAACUCCAAUACGCCAUCGUGCCAAAAGUGAACAAGGAAACGUGUAUAAGAGAUUACGAAGAUAGUUUCGAGGUGACCAAGCAUCAAGUGUGCUACGGAUACUCGCGAGGAGGCAAGGACACGUGCAAGGGUGAUUCCGGUGGUCCGUUGGUUAACAGCUUUACUGUAAUCGGUAUAACUUCGUGGGGCUCCGAUUGUGGUCAACCGAAUUCGCCUGGCGUAUAUACUGACGUCAUCGGUCUAACCGAGUGGAUUAAAAGCAAAACGGAGCAACCACGAUUUAACAAUUUUAUUCCAUUGUCAGCUUUUAUGCACUUAUUAUUCGGUUUUUAAUAAAUCUAUUUGAAGCUGUUAAAUUUAA